CGUCGUCAGUGGUGUCCGGAAGCUGUCGCAGCCAGCAGGUUUAGCUGUUUGUGUCUCUUUCGGUAACGUUCUGAGGAGGUGCAGAUUUCGGUUACGUCAGAUAUAGACUUCCAUUUUUUUUAUUUAUUUUUUUUAUUAUGGUGCUUUUUCAGUAAUUCUUGACGGUCUAACUACAUUUUUUUUUUCCAUCUGCUAAAAUAACACAAUGGAUCACGAGGAUAUUACAUUCAUGCGUGCAGAGUUGGAUCGUUUGUCUGCUGAGCUAAAGGAAACUACAGAAGAAAAGGUCCAAGCUGCUCAGUAUGGGCUAGCAGUGUUGGAAGAGAAUUCUGAAUUAAAGCAAAAGAAUGCUGACCUAGAAUCAGACUGUGAGGUUCUGAAGUUAGAACUAAAACAAAUGAAAGAGGCACUUACAGAGUCUCAAAGCAAUCAUAAACGAACUGCUGCUGAUGGUGAGAGUCGUGAGGAAACAUUGCUAAAAGAAACUGCUUCAAGGGAAGCAAAGUUAACAGAAAAGAUCGAUGAUCUACAAAGUGACCUCAAACAGAUGAAAUCUGCUCUCUCUGUCACAAGCUCAGAAAAUGAACGUCUUGCCACGGUUAUACGCAGUUUAAAGAAGGAGUAUGGAGAUAUUGAGAAAGAGAAGUUACAGCUGAGAGAGGAUAUGAAGCAGUGCAAAUAUAGAGAAAUGAGACAACUGCAAGAUUUCUCUGAACUUGAAGAAGAAAACAUUGCCCUGCUGAAACAAGUGUCUGUUUUGAGAGAGAGUCAGGUUGAAUUUGAAGGUUUAAAGCAUGAACUGAAGAGAAGAGAUGAAGAGAUUGAUGUUUUAAAUGGCCAAGUAGAUGAACUGGUGCGUUUAAAAGAAAUCUCCGAACGGCAGCUGGAAGAAGCAUUGGAGACCCUGAAAAGCGAACGAGAACAAAAAAAUGAAUUGCGUAGAGAACUGUCUGGAUAUCUACAUAACUAUGAUUCUAUAGGAAAUUUCCAAGUCAACUUUGAAGAUCCAAGUGAAGAUGAAUUUGAUAGUGGAUACAAUUGUGGUGGACUGGGCAAGUUAAAUGGAGAAGUCAUGAUGUCUACACCUCGCAAUAGUGAUAUAUUCUAUCCUGGUCCAAAGUUGUCUUCUGAUCUCUUUACAGAACUCAGCCUGACAGAAAUACAGAAACUCAAGCAGCAGUUAUUGCAGGUUGAUCAUGAGAAAGCCUCCCUGACUGAAAACAUGCAAGAGCUGCAGAGAAACUUGGAUGCUGCUAGACAAUGUUUGUGUAAACAACAGGAGCGAAACGAUGAGCUGAUUGAACAGAUUAAAGCUUUGCAGAAACGUCAUGAGCUUGGCAGUGGUACAUUGGAUAAUACCCAUGACAUUGUGAAAUGCAAUUGUGGUCUAGAUAAUACUGAUGUGUCCAAACUGAAAAAUGAGUUAAAAGUUCUCAAACAACAAUGCGAAAUACUUGAACAUAAAUAUAGAGAGGAGAAAGCAGAAUGGGAGUCAACCAUGCUAAGUGCUGCCGACAAACUCAAAUUACACUUAAAACUUGAAAAAAAUGAUCAAGAACAUUUGUUAGAGUUGCAGGAAGAGUUGAGGACUGCAAAGAGAUUAUACUGUGACUUUCAAAGCAAGCUUGGUCUGGCCCAGGAUGAGCUGUUGUCUUUUACGGAGGAGCUUGCACAUCUCUAUCACCAUGUCUGCAUGCGUAACAAUGUGACGCCCAACCGAGUAAUGUUAGAUUACUAUAAGGAUGGAAAAGGAGCUAAAUUAAAUUUCAGAAAAAGGAAGUCUUCAGAUUAUUUUGGAAAGUUUUUGGUCAACCCAGACCUGGAGAUUACAGAGGUGCAAAGCGGUGAGCAAUCUCCUCUAAGCAGCCCUGGCUCUUCCUUUGGGUCAGACUGUGGUGACUCUUCAAGAGAACCUCUUAAUAUCACCCAUCUUAUAGCAAUUGUUAAGGACCAAAUAAAGCAUCUACAGGGAGCUAUUGCCGUUUCCUGGCAGCAAACAUCACUACAAUCCAUCACAUCUGAAAUGGAGAAGGACAAAGAUGUUUUAGUGGAGGAAAUAAUGAAACUGAAAGCGUUGCUAAGCACUAAGAGAGAGCAAAUAGCCACUCUGAGGACAGUUCUGAAGGCUAAUAAACAGACAGCGGAGGUAGCCAUGUCAAAUCUGAAGAGCAAAUAUGAAAGUGAGAAGACUCUAGUUUCAGAAACUAUGCUGAAGCUGAGGCAUGAGUUAAAGGCUUUGAAAGAAGAUGCAGCCACUUUUUCCUCCUUACGAUCAGUUUUUACAAGCAGGUAAGUA